UGUUUUGCCAAAAGCGCAGCAGCUGAGUGCGUCCGCCAUCAUCUAUCAAAAAAAAAAAAAAUCAGAAACCGUUGAAAGGAAAAAAGAAAAAAAAUUGUAAUUUAUUUAAUUAAUUAAUCCAAGUAAACUUGAAAACAUCUUAUUAAUCUUAGCAAAAAAAAACUCAUUAAUCAUCUGCAUCAAAGAAAUUCAAUAAGAAAAAGUUUGUCAUCUCUUGUUGAUAAAUAAAUUUAUAUUGUGUUGGAAUUCAUAUCAACCAAAAUAAAAACAAAUACAAAAAAAAAAAAAAUCAAAAACACAAUGAGUUCAACUGAGGAAGCACCAGCAACUCAAGAGCCACAGUCAAGUCCUCGUGAUUUGGAAAAAAUCGAAGAGGAGAAAUUAAAAUCAAAGUAUCCAGCAGCUGGCAUGCGUGGUCCAGGUGGACAUUCAGCGUUCCUACAAAAAAGACUACAAAAAGGACAAAAAUUUUUCGAUUCUGGAGAUUAUCAGAUGGCCAAACAAAAAGGUGGCAGUGUCAAACAAGUAUUUGCGAAUAAAGUUUCUACCGGUGAAGCCAUCCCAACACCAGAAACAGUGCCUGCUCGUAAGACAUCAAUCAUACAGCCAUGCAACAAAUUCCAAACGACGAGUUAAUUUCCAUUCCUCUUUUCCCCCCCCCCCACAUCCAUUGUAUCCCCUUUCCUUUUAAAUGUCCAAAAAAUGUACUAUCCACCAUAAUGAAAGAAAAAAUAAAAAAAAACAAAAAAAUACAACAAACUAACAGUGAACAGAGGAUUUAAUAUCCUUGAAAAAAAAACCUAAAACGAAACCUAAAAAAAAAAAAAACUAACUAAUACUAUAUUAUUAUACUACAUACAAUUUA